AUGUCCAAGUUUCAACGACAAUUGGAAGACGAUUCACUUGAGGACGUGCCGUAUGUUAUUGUCAUUGAAGUACUCUUAGGACUCUCAGUCCUAGUUGUAAUUGUGAUAGGACUUGUCGUUUGUUGCAAAAAGCGAAAGCAGAACAAGGAGAUUAAUCUCGCAUCGAAUCUAUCGGUGAUUCAAUUAUCCCAAGAAGUCUCUACAGGAUUGCUCUAUCAUGCAUCCAAGCCAAAACAACCGUCAAUGGAGAAUGGGUUCUACGUUAUGACGUCGCCUUUGAACUCGAAAGCACUCACUCCUGCACUGGUUGUCAAUAUUGGAAAUCAAAACGACAGGAGUGAUCAAAAAUCAACGUCGUUCUUGGCCCCAAACCAGAAAUUAGAAGGACCGCGGUAUGGACAGAGCUAUGAACAGAGCUAUCAAGACACAGCCGAGGUUGACGUUGUCGACUCGUCGACACGCAGUAGGAUCAUGUCAUUUGAUGGCUAUGAGAGUUUUAAUCAAGCGAUGGGGUAUACUGACAGUACGAGAAGCAGUCUUCGGAGUCUCGAUAGUAAUCGCAUUUACUUUGACACGGCAUGGCCAAACGUGGGAAAUUUAUGGACGGACGACGCUAUCGUGGCGGCACGCAUUCCCAUGAAUAGAAUUAAGAUUGGUGAUGUGGUGAGUCGCGGAGGGUAUGGAGAGGUGCUGCGAGGUGUGUAUGAGGACCAAGAUGUGGCGAUUAAACGACUACUGCCAGAUACAAAAGCAGAUUUGUCCAAGAUUGAAGCAUUUUUGGCUGAAGUGAAGUUGCAAGCGACAUUAAAACACGAGCGUAUAGUGCGUUUCCUUGGUGUGGCUUGGGAUUCGUUUACGGAUCUAUGUGUUGUGUCCGAGUUCAUGGAUGGUGGAGAUUUGCGUGCUUUGCUGGUCAAAUUUGACGAAGUGGAGCAGCGACCUAUAGGUUUUAAUGCCACAAAAGCUUACAUUGCGUUGGAUGUAGCACACGCACUCACAUAUUUGCACGGUUUGAGCCCCUUGGUGCUGCAUCGGGAUCUCAAAUCAAGGAAUAUCUUGCUAGAUGGAAAUUGGCGCGCUAAGGUCACGGAUUUUGGAGUAUCUCGAGAGCGCAGUGAUCACACUAUGACUGCGGGAGUGGGCACGUCACUAUGGAUGGCGCCUGAAGUAAUGAUGGGAGAGCGGUACGACGAAAAAGCCGAUAUCUUCUCAUUCGGCGUCGUGCUCAGCGAAGUGGACUCGCACAAGCUCCCGUACGCAAGGGCCAAGGUUACCGACACUGGGCGCGUCAUCCCCGAUACGGCCCUUCUCCAACUCAUUUCUAGUGGCAGACUCAGUGUGGCAUUCACGCCACCAACUUCUCCAGCAUUGGAAGCUAUGGUACACCUUGGCAAAUCGUGUGUGGCUUUUGAUCCGGAUGAACGGCCCACUGCCACUGAAGCAUUCUACCAAAUGCAGCUCGUAGUACGCGCAUUUGAGCAGGAAGAAAGCUGA